UAUCUCUCCGCCGGUCUCUCUCCUUUUCGAAGGGCAACUCCAAACCAAACAGGCACAAAAACGCUGACCGCAGUGACGUAACUCCCUACCAUGUCCAACAUGGGAUAAACGCUCCGCCCGCGGCACCAUCGGCCCCACCAAAGGAAGCACCCCCAAGCCCGAACCUUGGAUGCAUUCGAUUGUCUCUCUGUCCGAUCAUUACUCUCGCCGGCCCCGAUGCUGGCACUGUUCUCGGCACAUGAACCCCUGACAUUUCCAUUACAUGUCCACGAUGCUGCUCCUCCACCAAACCGGCAGCGUCAAGAUCGGCGAAGUAAUCCGUUACACCGUGACUUACACGCCCUCGGCCGACCACAUCCUCCCGUCCCCCGAGUUCCUAUACCUACGCAUCAAGAACACUUGCGCAAUUGCCCUCCGCGCCGCCUUUGUCCACGGACCCUACACUCUCGGAGUCGCCGCGUAUCCAUCGACAUUUAAACCCUUCGAAAAGUUCGAGAAUCCCCGUCGCUAUGGCGUACCCGAAUUCGAACCCAUGCUCAAGGCUGGCGCUGUGUGGAAUUGCCAUUUGGUUGUGCCCGACAAUAUCCGCCAGAGUGCCGGCGAGGGCAGUAGCAAACAUGGACACUUCGGGGGCGGGCCCGAGCAUGAUGGGGAUACUGUAACGUGGGUGGUUGAGGUCUCCUCCCAAGUCGUCUUUUCCGCCUCGGCGUCGGUGCACUAUGAAAUAUUGCUGGCGCGCGAUGAGAAGUCGUUAAAUCUCGGCUCCGUGGUGCCCGUCAUAGGGAACCAGGCACAAGUUCCCCAGCCGGGCCGCGUCAGCGACUUCCAACAGAGCUCUAGCUCGUCGAAACACCACCCGGCUCAGUCGAAGGGCGUCUUCUCCAAAGCCAUACACCUCAAGGUGGAGGACACCGCGGCUUUAUGGAACACUCCACAGAUUCCAGGCUGGGAUGAUAAUGGAUGGCUCCGAGCUAGGGAAACGGAGGAUUCCCACCCUCCGAUUGAACCCGGCGCGGAAAGUGGGAACUGCGACGAGGAAAGGCGGCAAACGAAGCAGAAGCAGAGAAAGGUUCAUCUGGUUGUGCUCACCCACGGGUUGCACAGCAAUCUCGGCGGCGAUAUGCUGUUCAUCAAGGAGAGCAUAGAUGCGACCGUGAAGCAAGCGAGGAUUGACGCAAAGGCACGCAAAGCAAGGGAGCGAGCGGCGAGGAAGAGCGCAUGCACAGAAGCUGAUACAUCAGGUGAUGCUUCCGAAAAAGGCAGCCAGACCACUCCUCCUACUCCUGGCCAGGGGAUAGAAGCCAGCGGGGACACUUCGGACCAACAAGGAAAUUCCGACGGGAAAGAAGACCUCGCCGAUGACGAUUACGAGGAGGGGGAGGAGGAGGAGGAGGAGGAGGAGGACGUCAUUGUGCGCGGCUUCUCUGGAAAUGCGGCAAAAACGGAAAAGGGUAUCAAAUGGCUGGGCAAACGGCUUGCCAGGUACAUCUUAUCCAUGACCUACCCGGAUCAGCCAUGCUUGCCUACCGCCAAAGCCGCUUCGGAUGCCAUUACCCACUCGCUCAAAACAGGCGCACAGAAGAAAGCCAUCGAGGAGGCACAUAAGCAUAGCUCCGUCCACCAGGCGACGUCUCCGGGGGGCAAGCGGCUGUACAAAUUUACCAAGAUCAGCUUCAUCGCCCAUUCUCUUGGUGGCUUGGUGCAAACGUACGCCGUUGCGUACAUCCAAAAGCACUCGCCGCAGUUUUUUGACUUGAUUGAACCCGUCAACUUCAUUGCGCUGGCAUCACCAUUUUUAGGACUCAACCAUGAGAAUCCGCUCUACGUCAAGUUUGCGCUAGACUUUGGCCUGGUGGGAAGGACAGGUCAAGAUCUCGGGUUGACCUGGAGAGCGCCAACCAUCGCACGGAACGGAUGGGGCGCGCUCAUGGGGAACCUCGGAGAGCAUGCCCACAAGCGCGUGUAUGGGGAGCACCAGGCCGAGUCCAAGCCGCUCCUCCGGAUCCUGCCCACGGGUCCGGCCCACAAGGCACUCAAGAAGUUCCGGAACAGAACAGUCUACUCCAACGUGGUCAAUGACGGCAUCGUGCCGCUUCGGACAAGCUGUCUUCUCUUCCUCGACUGGCAGGGGCUUGGGCGGGUCGAAAAGGCUCGGCGAGAGGCAGGUCUGGUGGAAACCGUCGUUGGGUUUGGCUGGGCCGAGCUGACAGGAGCCAACGUCACGACUCCCAGGCUCGCACCUUGGUCGCCGGAAGACAGAGAUGAUUCUGGCGGGACGGGAAAGACAACCCCCACCAGCCAUGGAGACUCUCACCAGGUCCCUCAACCGCCGACCAACGCGAUGCUAGAAGAUGACCGGCAGAGUCUUAGGUCGAUUACUAGCCCAUACCGAGAAUCACCCUCGGAAUUCCAGCAUCUUCAGAGCUCAAGCACGACCACGUCGAACCCUCUCUCUGGGUUUUUCAAUUUCUUCCGCAGCGAGACGCCGAAACCGGUGCCCCCGGCGUCUCCCAAGGUAACUAAGAUUUACCAGCGGAGCCAGACGCUCAAGCCAGACCAGUGGUCCGCUUUGGAUUCCGCCUCCCAGUCUAGCUCUCGAGUGACGACCGGGAGCGAGCUCACGGACGAGCAAGAGAACAUGUCGGCACCUCCAAGAACGACCAUCUUCGAGUCCGCUGGCGACCUGCUCAACCCGAAACUACCCCCGAUGGAAUUUAUCAUCGACCCAUCCAAACGUCCCCGGACCAUCUUCCACGACCGCGUCUAUCAUCCGACCGACAUCCCUUUACCGCCCAUCAAGGAGCGCUCUUCCAGCCCAUUGACCUUACGGCGGCGAACACCCACGAUAAACUCGUCCAAAACCAGCCAAAGCGAGACCUCCUCGCCACCUUCUAACAAACCAGUCGAAGAUAAAGACAGUGCCGCCUCCCAGCAGCCCGAAAAGCCCCAGCAGUCCCCAAAGUCCCAGCAAUCCCAAAAGCCCCAACCGCCCCAAACCCCCAAACAAACGACCAUCUCAGUCAACGACGAACCCCUACCAGCCCAGAUCCCCUCCCUCAACACCCCGCCCGACGCCCCCGCGGAGCAGGUCAUCGACCUCGACAUCGACAGCUCGCAGAUGCGGGUUGAGGAAAAGAUCGCGCGCGCCUACCACCGCGGCCUGUCGUGGCGCAAGGUCCUGGUCAAGCUGGAGCCGGACGCGCACAACAACAUCGUCGUGCGCCGCACCUUUGCCAACGCCUUCGGCUGGCCCGUCAUCCAGCACCUCGUCGACGCCCACUUCUCCGACGCCGCCACCGCCCGCCGCCCCGACGCCGACGAGCCCGACGCCGAGCGCGCCAGGUCGGUCGGCCGGGCGCCUGGCGCGGACGGCCGCGAGACGAAGGGCACCGUGCGAGGUGUGGAUGCGGCCGGGGAGGGGGUUAGUGUCAGCGGUGAUGCGGCGAGAAAGGAAGAAGAUGGCGAGGAGGACGGGAACGGCGAGGAGGGCGACACGGUGCCCGAGCUGCUGCCGCGGAGCCCGAAACGGUCGCCGUCGCUGGCGCCGAGCGCCGCCACCGCCGCCGCCGCCGCCAGCAGCAGUAGUAGUAGUAACAUGCUGGGCGUGUACUCGUCGCCGUCGUCGUCGGUGUCGGAUACGCAGGCGGCGGGCGGUGGCGGCGGCGGUCGCACGCCGACUACGCCGCGCCCGACGCUGGAUCGGCUCGAUUCGGUGACGUGGAGUGAGCGUGAUUGGAUGGAUAGUGAGAAUGAGAGUGAUGAGGGAGGUGUGGCGGGUGGGAGGGGUGGGAGGAAGGAGGGUGGUGGUAAUGGUGGUGGUGGUGGUAGUAGCAGUGGGGGAAGCAAGGGGAAAGGGGGCGGCGGGUUGGGCGUUCCCCUUGCCGGCGGCGAGCGGAGUUCGAGCCCGUUGAAUUGGAACUGGACCGAGAAGAUUGUCGGAAAGGGUGGGGCAGGGCGGUCGAAGUCGCCGGCUGGCAGUGGUGCUAGUUCUGCUGCGAAGAAGAAGAAGGACGUGUGAGAGUGUUCAUAUCGUGUGGCUUGUUUGGUACGGUCGGGAUGUUGGCUGGCGCACGGUUUGUUUGCUGGGCUGGUUGUCGCCUCUUUGAGAAGAUGGAUAGAGUAAGAUAGAGGUGUACACAUCGAAGUUGGUUGUUAUUUUAUCUACUAAUUGUUCAAAGCGAGAUUCGUUAAUACAGAUUCAACCCCUUUUUACAAAAUGCAGUUUGCUACUUUGC